AUGGGUGGUGAAGGGCAUCGUGAUGCCUUGCUGGGCGUGGUUCCCCGCGCUAGCAGCUUGAAGCAGCUGCAGGUGAAUUCGCGCGCGUGGCCCCUGCACUUUGUUGACGGUUGCAUGCUGGCUGGGAUGACUUUCCGAAAAGAGCCUUUCUUCGCUGGUGCCGACAAUGUUGACCAGCUGUACAAGAUUGCAAAGGUGUUGGGGACGGACCUUCUUCACGACUAUCUUGAUGCUUACGACUUGGAGCUAGAGUUGGAAGUGGAGCAACGUCUUGGGACACUCCCACGCAAGCAGUGGUCGGCCUUCAAAACCAAGGAUAAUGCAGAGCGCUGCUCUCCUGAGGCCUUAGAGCUCAUCGAUAAGAUGCUGCGCUAUGACCCAGCCGCCAGAAUUCUCCCAAGAGAGGCCAUGCAGCACGCGUAUUUCGAAGAAGUUCGGAAGCAGGAGUCGAACAAGUGA